GACUGGCUCAUUUGAAUGUAGUGAGGGAGGAGGAGAACACCUCCGUUCCUGUUGUUACCAGAGCUGAUAUAUCUCAGGCUCCCAGAAACGCUCCUCUAAUCUCACAUCAGCGGCACCGUGAGCGUCUCAACCCCAUGAUAGAGGAGGGAAAGCCUGUCUGCCUUUGAGGCUAUCAGGGGAAAACGGAGACAUACCGGGAGCUUCUCCAGUAGAAGUUCAGAACGAGAGAAAAAGAGAUAGACAGACAGAAAGAAAAGUGUUAUUUUUAUAUUUUAUUUCUCUACAGAUUAGCCAAUUUGAAUCAUCAAACAUGACUAGAAGAUCAUGUGCCAUUUACGCCACCGGGAUCGUGUGCGCUCAUUUGCUUAUUUUAGGCAUCGCCCUUCUGGUGGCCCAAGUCUUCCAAACAAUGAUUCAGGAACGGAUAAAAAAGGAGAUCACACUGGCUGAGAACAGUAGAGUAUUGGAGGGCUGGAUAAAUCCACCACCACCUGUUUACAUGCAGUAUUUCUUCUUCAAUGUUACCAACCCAAAUGAGUUUUUGGCCGGGAAGGAGAAGCCCAAAGUCACUCAAAUAGGGCCAUAUACCUACAGGGAAUAUCGACCCAGGGAAAAUGUCACUUUUCUUGAGAAUGGGACGAAAAUAUUUGCCACAAAUCCCAAGAGCUUUGUGUUUCUUCGCAACAUGUCAUCGGGAGAUCCUGAGGUUGACCGUGUGAUAACGGUUAACAUUCCAUUCAUUGCCGUGAUGAACGAGUUAAACUCCUACUCCUUCUUUCUGAGGUCUGCUGUGUCCAUGUGGAUGGGAUCCAUGGGCAUCGAGGUGUUUAUGAAUCGCACAGUCCAUGAGGUCCUGUGGGGUUUCAAAGAUCCGCUGCUGUCCAAACUCCAAUCCUUCAGACCAGAAGUGGAUGAGCAUUUUGGCCUGAUGUACAAUAAAAAUGGAACCCACGAGGGUGAAUUUGUCUUCCACACUGGAGAGAAGAACUACAUGGACUACGGCAAGAUUGACACGUGGAAUGGCAUCAGUCAGAUGAACUGGUGGUCGUCUAACCAGAGCAACAUGAUCAACGGUACCGAUGGCAGUGUCUUCCACACCUUCCUGUCCAGGAAAGAGCUGCUCUACAUCUUUGCUGCUGAUCUGUGCAGAUCCAUUCAUUUGGGUUACGUGGCUGACAAAGAGGUGAAGGGCAUCCCUGCCUUCCGCUUCGCCCCUCCUUCAGAUGUGCUCGCUCCCCCGGAUGAGAACCCCAGUAACGCUGGCUUCUGCGUGCCUGCUGGGGAUUGUCUAGGAAAAGGAGUCCUCAAAGUCAGCGUCUGUCGGCAAGGUGCACCCAUUGUUGUGUCAUUCCCUCAUUUCUACCAAGCUGAUGAGAGAUACAUCAAAGCCAUUGACGGAAUGAACCCAAAUGAGGAAGAACACGAAACAUACCUCGACAUCAACCCGACCACAGGGGUUCCCAUUCGUGCCUGUAAGAGAGCUCAGCUCAAUGUCAUACUGAAGCGAGUCUCUGGCUUCCCCAAAACAAAAUUCCUGAAUGAGACCAUUUUCCCCAUCAUGUAUGUCAAUGAGACCGCUACUAUUGACGAUGAGUCUGCAGCCCAGAUGAGGACGCUUCUGCUGAUUGUAACGAUUGUGUCCAACUUCCCAGUCAUCAUUGUGGGACUGGGGGCUAUUUUACUUGUGGUCCUGAUCCUCCUCGUCUGCAGGAACCGCCAGAGAAAGGUAAAAAAUAACGAAGUAAAACGUAUUGAUUUUACUGAAGCUUUUCAUUCUUUUGCUACGGCGAAGGAUGAAACCGCUUAUACCCAAGUGAGCAACCAAGCGGAGGAUUCGCCAGAGAACCGCACCAAUCAGCCUUCGAGGAACGGAUCUUACAUCGCCAUGUCCCCAGUAGAGGCGCAGAAGUGUUGAUGAAGAUGACUGGUGGAGUCUCACCUGAGGACGUCACGUCUAUCCUCCACACCCUUUUUAUAUGUUAGUUUCCACUGUGCGAUUCGUCUUCGGGGACCAGGCCCCCGCACCCUCACCACCGUUUGCCAAGGGUCACUUAUUUGACUUGUGACUUUUUUUUAUUUCCUUGAGCAUGGCCUUUCAAACUGCCAUAUCUUCGAUCAAAACAUAUGUAAACUCAAAGCACCCACUUCAGUUUCGAACAACCGUCUCUGGGUUCCCAGAGGCUUCUGUUGCCUAGUCCUGAGAGGCCUGAAACACACUCUCUUGCCUUUUGAAAACGGAUAUAUGCAUUGCAUGCUCACAGAGUCCAUAGUUCCUGAAGGGUCAUAAACCCUUUCAGCAUGAGAGAGCGUGAAGGGUUCGCAGCCUGUGCUCUUAAAGUGUUUCAGAUCUCUUCCCACACUACUGUAUACAGGUCUACACAGACAGACCUUGAACUAACACAGCUCUACAUACAUCAGACCCUCUGAUAAUGAGCAGAUAAACUAUUGAUUUACCUCCUCUUAAGAGUAUUAGAGAGCUAAAAGGUCUAAUAUGCUAACAAAAAACUGGGUCUUAUCCAGAACUUGUGUGUGUGUGUGUGUGUCUGAUUGUACACACCAGAGUGUUUGUUUGUGUGUGUGUGUGUGUGUGUGUGUGUGUUACUGCAAGCAUGUCAAUGCUUGCAUGUUUUUGUCACACUGUGGUGAACUGCUCUGGUGGGUCACCAUCCACCGUUUUGCGCGAUGCAGUGUGACAACAAGUGGAAACUAGUGACUUCAGUGGUCCUCUUCAUUUCACAGUAUCUGAGUCAUGUUUUUUUCUGAUGCCAGAAACAUUUCAGUGAUGAUGGCUGGUCAGACAGUCUCCUUUAAGGCAUCGUAUUACAGACAUCGUACUAGCUUUCAGCAUUUCAUAAUGAACGAACAACUGACGUAGAACACUCACAAGCGAGACUUGAAUUGCUCUGCCUUACAGAUACUUACGAACACAAUGUGAUUCAGCUGCAUGGUAAAGGAAGGUAUAAGGUGGAACUAGACGAAAUGUCAGACCGAUAAUGGCCAAUCAGUGGCGGACUUUGAACUACGUCCAUCGCUUUUCACAGCAAAACACGUCUGUUCUGUAAUCUCGAGAGCACAACUACAGUCCAGCGAACCCACAGUCGAAUCAGAGCAGAAGGGGUUAGAGGUCAGCAGGUUUUUGAGGGGUAAUCUGUGAAGUUUGCACAUUUUUUUCUGUGCACGUUUGGUUUAUAUUAACCCUCUGUGGAUGAAAGAGACUCUAGCACUUGAAUCACUGCUUGUGUCUGUUGAGUUUAUUUUUGUGUUGCUUUUUAUGUUCUGAGCCUUCGAUAUUGCUAAAAAAAAAAAAAGAAUUGAGGCCAUAUUUUAAAUCAACUUGAACAGGAUGUGAUAGCUGCACACUUGACAAAAUAUCACUAAAGAUGAAUCGUCAUAUUAAUGUCUGUUUGUCCAAAUGAAUCUUUUUGGUUGUCUGUCUGAAGUUGCCAUAACCCAUGAGUGCGUUUACACUCGUAUGUAUCAGUAAAUCAUUCCCAUUUGGGUGAUGCUUGUUGGAAUGAUUGAUGUUUGUUACUUUUAUUUGACGUAAACCAUCUGUUACUAAUUGCGACCGCGGUUUUCGUGGAUUGCAGUGCACACUGUUGCGUAUUUGCCUGUGCCAUGGAUUUAGCUUAUCUUAAAGAAUUAGUGCAAGGAUUAAACUGGAAACGCUGUGUAUGCGCCGUGUCUUAUGCAGCUGUAUGAGAACAGAAAACUGAGGGAAAGUAAUUCAAGCUUUAGUGUAAUGAACUACCUGUCCAUUGGAGUGGCUCUUUGAGUUUUGUUGUCCGCGCAGUUAGUAUAUACAUUUAUGUGAAAUGGUCUUUUCUCCGCUCCAUCUGUAAAAGACCCCGCAGGACUAUUUUGGUGAGACGUAACAUGUGACUUGAGUAUGAAAGAACCUGAUAUUUAAGAUAUUUAAGAACCUGAGCCAUUUCUAUACAGUUUCCAGAUUCCUUGUGGUGACUUUUGCCCCUAUAUGCUUGACCAAAGAUGACAUCGGUUUGGUAGAUAACUGGUUUGUUUGCUUUCCACACAGAUAGCUGCAGUGCCAUUGAUAUCCCACUUACAAGAGCAUAAGAACCUCAUUGUCUGCGAGGGCAAAUAUGAAAAACAAAAUAUUUUCCAGAGCAAAAUAUUGUGUGUUUAUAAUAUGUUUAAUACAGCUAAGAACUUAAGAUGUAUGACGAUAUGUAAAAAGCUAAUUUUAUAAUGAAGUAAAACAGUUUUGUAAUCAGACAGACGAAUAUUUAUGUUUUCAUAUGUUCAAUGGUAUGUACAGUAUAUUAUCUGAAUUACUAAGGUCUUUUCUUUGGCCUUGGUCAUUUCUCAAAAAAAAAAUUAUUAUUAUUUUGUGAUGUUACAAGUGGGGUCAUCAAACACAUUUCUGUUUUCUUCUUCUUAAUUACAUUUUUUUUUUUUUUUUGUCUUCUGUCAGAUUUCUGAAGUAGUACCAAGUGAAUAUUGUCCUAAAUUCGAGAUGGAACGGUGUAUGUGGUUGUAAAAACUGUUAACUUUGAUGGAGGAAAGCUUGUGUUGUAUCUGUGGGGUGUGAGCCUAUGUGUGUAAUGAUCUCCUGUUAUACAACUCUCAAGCUGUCAACACACUGUUUGUCCAACUGGAAUAACAAAGGGAAGGCUGAGAGUCUUUGAGUUCCACUUAGGAAGAUUGCCAUAGUGCCAUGUUGGGUACAAGGGAAAUUUCCACUUGCAAUCUAACCUUUUUUUUCUUAGAUGAAUGAUGCCCUCCUUCAGGGAUGAGCUUUUAGUGCCAAACCAUCCUUGUUCAUUUCACUUGCUUUAGUAGCAAAAUGUUUAAGCAGUGUAGCAGUUGUUUUCUGGAGCUGGUAAAUUCCUCAUGACAUCUUUGAGGAUGGUUUUAAAAACACUGAACACUUCAUCGUGUCCUGCUGAGAUGCACUGCAUUUUUUUGCUGCUGAGAAUGACAAUCCUUAUUUCAUGUUAGGUGCAAAAUCAUUUCAAGUAAUAUUAAUUUUUAGUUUUGAUAAUUUACACUGCACAAAUCUUUCUACAAUGCUUUUGUAAACAUUUUUAGUGUUAUUUGCAAAAAAAUAAAAUAAACAAUUCUUGAAAA